AUGGCAAUGGUAGUUAAUCAGUGGCAAGAGACCAUUUCGGCAGAUCCCGGCUCCCAGCUGCAGAUGUGCAGUCAGGAGUCCGGCGGAACUCCGGGAACACCCUCUGGCUCUACGCCGGGGAACGAUGCUCUUUCCGGGGACAAAAUCCCCAACGUAGACUGCAUGGUUUGCGGGGACAAGUCGAGCGGCAAGCACUACGGCCAGUUCACCUGCGAGGGCUGCAAGAGCUUCUUCAAGCGUUCGGUACGGCGGAAUCUGAGCUACACUUGCCGUGGGAACCGUGACUGCCCCAUCGACCAGCAUCACCGGAACCAGUGCCAGCAUUGCCGCCUGAAGAAGUGCCUCAAAGUUGGCAUGAGAAGAGAAGCUGUGCAGCGAGGCCGCAUGUCCAACUCCCAGUCCAGCCCUGGCCAGUACCUGACCAAUGGCAGCGAGCCCUACAGUGGGCAGCCUUAUCUGUCAGGUUUCAUCUCUCUGCUGCUGAGGGCAGAGCCCUACCCCACGUCCCGCUACGGCACCCAGUGCAUGCAGUCCAACAACCUGAUGGGCAUCGAGAAUAUCUGUGAGCUGGCCGCCCGGCUGCUCUUCAGCGCCGUAGAGUGGGCCAAGAACAUCCCCUUCUUCCCUGACCUGCAGCUCAUGGACCAGGUGGCGCUACUCCGCAUGUCAUGGAGUGAGCUCUUUGUGCUCAACGCCGCACAGUGCUCCAUGCCCCUACACGUGGCGCCCCUGCUGGCGGCCGCCGGCCUACACGCCUCGCCCAUGUCCGCCGAGCGAGUGGUGGCCUUCAUGGACCAUAUCCGCGUCUUCCAGGAGCAGGUGGAGAAGCUGAAGGCCCUGCAGGUGGACUCGGCUGAGUACUCCUGCCUGAAGUCCAUCGUGCUGUUCACCUCCGAUGCCAUGGGCUUAUCGGACGUGGCCCACGUGGAGAGCAUCCAGGAGAAGUCCCAGUGUGCCCUGGAGGAGUACGUGCGUAACCAGUACCCUGGCCAGCCCAGCCGCUUCGGCCGGCUCCUGCUGCGGCUGCCCUCUCUGCGCGUCGUCUCCUCGCCCAUCAUCGAGCAGCUCUUCUUCGUGCGGCUGGUGGGUAAGACGCCCAUUGAGACCCUGCUGAGGGACAUGCUGCUCUCCGGCUCCAGCUACAACUGGCCCUACAUGCCCGUCCAGAGGGACCGCCCGCUCCCCCUCCACUACAACGAAAACGGGCCCUGACCUGCUCCUUUAUACCCCGUCUCCGCUCCUGUACACAGUCAUACUCACUCAGGGACACUGUCCACCAGCCAGACCACACCCACCAACGCCCUCCCCACGUAAGCCCCUCAAGUGUUACCAACACACUGGUUGGCCUGCCCACUUUGGUAUAGGGAAUGGACGUGAUUUUCAUGUAUGCCACCAUGACUGCAUAGACUUUAGUAGGACCCGAUAAGGGAUGGAAUCAACAAUAUACCUAAAGGCACCG